UGCACGGCUAGUUGCUGGCAGAACAACGAGCCGAUAAUGAUGAACAGCUCAGUGAAGCUCUUCACCUCGACGAGAGCACCGGUGUGCUUGGUGGUGUAAGAUGAUCGUUCGUUUGCAUACACUAUUCGCGCUAGCUGGUGUCGUUUACGGUCAAUAUUUUGUAGAUGACCCUCCCGCAAACUAUACCAAUGGAGUCAACUUUGAAGACUGCGAGCGACGUUUUCCGUUCGUACCACAAGAUUAUGUGCACAUAACAGCGCUUGGUGGAAAACGAGCGGUUCAGGGUGAAUUUCAGCACAUGGUCGCUAUCGGUUGGACCAGAGCGGACGGAAGAAUUGAGUACCUGUGUGGUGGUAGUCUGCUAACAUUUACCUUCAUACUAACUGCCGCCCAUUGUGCUGUGGACAUUCAAAAUGUUCCCCCCGACACCGUGCGCCUGGGUGAUACGGAUCUGGGCAGUGUGGCGGACGACGAGUACGCACAGCAGGCUAAAAUUGCACGCAUCAUCAAACACCCGCAGUAUCGAGAGUCGAGAAAAUACUUCGAUAUUGCGCUUAUCGAACUGCAGGAACGGCUGUGGGCAAACCAAGCGAUCGGUUUGGUUUGUGUGUGGCGUGAACCGGAAGCACCGACCGGGUUGCUGGAGGCGGUGGGUUUCGGUGCACUUGGAUUUGGGGAAAUGUUAAGCCCGACCUUGCAGAAGGUGCAACUUCGAACGCUCGACAGGUCGCAAUGUGCUGAACGUAUACCGAUGAAUCGUCGUCAAAUGCCGGAAGGUUUGCGUGCGGAUCAGCUGUGUGCAAGCAGUGACACGAUGGACACUUGCGAGGGUGAUUCGGGAGGACCGCUUCAAACGGAGCUGCACGAUGUGUAUGGGAAUGUGUAUCCGCUGGUGGUGGGUGUCGUAUCGUUCGGAACUCCGUGCGCAGAGGGCUCAACGGGGGUUUACACAAGGGUCAGCUCGUACGUAGAUUGGAUCGAGAAGGAGGUCAAUGAGUCUCUUAGCUAUGAAGACUGUACCUCUCGAUACGGGGGAAAUCGAAAACAGAAUUCAGCACUUUCCGCUAUAGACAAGUCGGACUCGCCUGCCUAUCGCGUUGGACUGCUGUGGAAACAGGAAGACCAGGACCUGCAUCAGUGUGGAGGACUGCUGAUCGAUUAUCAGUACGUACUGACGUCAGCUGAUUGUGUCACGUCGAGCAGAGGACCACCAACGUUCGUUGCAGUAAGUCCAGCUAGUGAUCGAGCCGCUGUUGAAGAUGUGUUAGUUCAUCCACGCUUCACGAAAAGAAGCCCGUACUUCGAUAUAGCUCUUGUGAAAAUACAGUCAUACGCUAAUCCAACGCAAAGCCAACCACUUUGUCCCUGGAGUGAUGAGUUGCACGGUAAUUGGAGCUGGGGCACGGCUCGGUUUGGAGCAUCUAUUUCACAAUCGAUCGGUUUGGCGAGCCUCCAACUAACUCCUCGACGCUAUGUACACCCCAAACUUUCCGAUGAUCGGUGCACCUUUGGUGAAGCUACUGCUGAGAACGAUCUUAUCUGCAUCAGCCGAAAGGCAGCUCUGAUACCCAGACUGUGUCAGGUUGAUUAUGGUGGCCCCGUUCUGGUCCAGAUGGGUCCAAACGAAUAUAAAGUGCUUGGUGUGUUGUCACGUGCAACGGCCCGAGGAUGUGAUGGCAAUGUGAUCUUCACCAGCCUAGCACCUCACAAACAGUGGCUAGAAUCGAUCAUGUUUAAAAAGUUGCACGAGCGACUUAUAUUUAGCGAAUAGCUGCUCACUUUUCGAUGUGUUUAAAAACUAUCCUUCAA